AUGCCACCCAAAAGGCUCAUGUUAAUGUCCGCGAGGUUCCUGAUCAUGCUAUGUCCAGUUCUUUUUAUUGGUUUUCACUUGUAUUUCCAUCGGAUUGACAUGGCUAGGAACAUCCAUCUUCCCGUGGAUCGGGAAUUAAUGAAUGGUCGUGCUGGUAACCAGGUGGCUACCGAGAACAUGGAGAAGAAAGGUCACUCUUUUGUUAGACCUGAAAAUUACACUCUUGAUGAUGCUGUUGCCCUGCCAGAUGUAAAGACCAAUCUUAGCCGAUUAAAGAGUGGUGAAUUGAAGGGGCUAAGAUAUGGGCACGACUACAGAUAUUUACAUAACCCAUCACACAUUUGCUUUACGGAUGAAGGGAAGAGAAAGAAGGUCCUUGCACUUUUCUAUUCCCCGACAGCAACCCACCAUUUCAGCAGACGGAAGGCGAUUCGAGAAACUUACGGUAAUUCAAGCAACUGGGGGAAUUGUGGUGAUAGGGGGCUGAUGUAUACCGUGUUUCUUCUUGGGGCCACGUCAAAUGAAAGUCUUCAACGUAAAAUUGACCUAGAGGCCAGUCAGCAUCGAGACAUUGUCCAGGAGGGUUUUCUUGAUACCUACUUAAACCUGACCUUAAAGGCGGUCAUGGGUUUGAAAUGGGUCAUCAACUACUGCAACCAUGCUAAAUUUGCCGUAAAAAUCGACGAUGACGCAAUGAUGAACCAAAAACGCUUUUAUGACAAGUUUCUAACAGAUUUACCAUUGACCGGUGUAGCCGCCGGGACGGUCUGGGUCAAUGCGAAGCCUGUGCGGCGUGAAGGAUCAAAAUUCUACCUAUCUAAGGAGGAAUAUCCUCUUCAUUCCUUUCCAAAUUACCUGAAUGGACUAGCUUAUGUCUUGUCUUUAGAUGUGGUUCGGGAGGUCUACGCAUUCGCACUUACAACUACCAAGUUUAAGUGGGAAGAUGUGUUUGUUGGGAUGUGCUUGCAAAAGGCUGGAGUUCAGCUUCGCAACAUUAAUAACAUGGACCUUUAUGGAUUGCGAGGGAAGAAUUAUGAAGUUCGAGUGGAAGAGGUGCAUUCGCACAUCUUUAUAACAGACUUGAACGUUACCGAAAUGAUUUGGGUGUGGAAGAUAGGCCAUAUUUAG